AGAAGUAUGUGCAGCCCCAGUAGACCGCUGUGGAGGGAAGGCUGAGGUAACGCCAAAGAUUCUUGCGGGCAGUAACAAUGUAACAAACUUGGGUCGACCCGUCUACAGAAUAAAUCCCAGCUGGACUACAGUGGAUGUUUCGUAAUAACUUUUAGCUUUGGACAAGGUGAAUCAAAUAAAUCACCAUGGUUUUCAGUGAGCGUCUUUCCUUGGAGCGCACAAUACGCACGGCCGUUUUGGCACUGCUGUUUUGCGCGCAGGCUGGUUUUGGCUUCUCAGUCGCCGGGCAGCAGGAAAGCACCUGUGAGGCCAACGGCAGCAUAUACUUCUUGGGGGAAUGGUAUUUCCUGGACUCUGAUCACUGCACCCAGUGUGAAUGCACCACUGAGGGCUCCGCGUGUUCCCGCACUGAGUGCACCUCUCUGCCGGCUGCAUGCAUCCAUGUGAGCCACUACCCCACCGACUGCUGCCCCAGGUGCGAGAAGAUCGGCUGUGAGUACCGUGGAGUGGUGUACGAGCUGGGGCAGAACUUCCAGCCAUCAGAGUGUGAGCAGUGCACUUGUGACAGUGAUGGCAUCGCCCGCUGUCUAGUGGCAGAUUGUGCUCCUCCACCAUGUGUCAACCCUGUCUACCAGCCUGGCAAAUGCUGCCCCGAAUGCCAAGAGGGUCCUAACUGCUAUGUCGAUGCAACACGCAGCCAGGUGAUUCCUGCAGGAGAGCCCAUCUGGGUCGACUCCUGCACCAAGUGUCGUUGUCACGAUGGUCAGGAUGCUGGCUACUGGGAGGGAAACCGUCUCGCCAGCUGUUCCCGCCUCAAAAACUGUACACCUGAACAACCGUCCACCAAGAAAAACUGAUUCACUCUGUCAGCGGAGAACCAGCUGUCACCCUAAAAUUUACGAUCCCUGGUGGUCAAUCGUCUACACGCUGUUUUCUCCUGUGCAGCUGAAAAUGGAUAAUCUGCAGCUUAAAAAAAUCCUUUUUUUUGGGAACAGAGCUAAGCAAGAACCUAAGAAAUUAUUUUAAAAACACCACAAGCCACCAGAAUAGAUCUGCUGCCAUUCCAUAAAGACUUUUUAUCCAAGAUUUCUGCAUUACUGAUGAGACUGAAUUUGUCACUUUGGUGGACAAAGCUGGCCCUUUACUGGGCCUCAGCUGCAAAUUAAAAACAAGGUCUGAUUUACAAACCAAUCAAAGCCCCACGUUUACUACAUGUCAGUGGCAAUUUGAUUAACUGCAAAGUACAAUAUCCACAAAGGCAUUGUUACCUAAUGUCGCAUAGGCAGGCUCUGAGUCAAUAUCUAAAGAUAAAACCUUUAUUACUGUAGUUUCUAUUGUGCCUCCAUGGUGCAUAUUCCUAAAUAACACUAUGUUUAAGCAAAUGACUACAAACUAACUGAGGCACCGACCUUGUGGCCAAGUACACAAUGCAUAGAGGGUGGUUGGUGGAGGAUCAGAAGGCCCCCUAAUAUGUUAAUCUGGCCGUGCUGUGUAAAGACAAACUAAUUGUAGUCCUUGUAAACCAAAGGAAACAGUGGAGUUAAGAAGGAAAACAAGAUUAGAAAUCUCUGUUUGAUAAUAUGGACUGCAGUGAUAUAAAAAUGACUUGUUUGAUUUCACAGGCCCUCAAACAGCUUCAACCCCUGAGCAUUAAGACUGUACUUCUACAGAAAAACAAACAUAAUUAAACAAAUCUGAUGGUAAACUUGACACUUGAAAGGUGGCUGCACUCCAGAUGUUUACCCUUUUAUAUCUUAUCUGCCUGCCCACAUGUUCCUCCAAAUAGAAGGAGAGAAAAGUGAACUUUUAUAGAAGCUAUAGAAGUUACACGGGAGGCAUAUUUUUAAUUUCCAGACAUCUGCUUUGGGAAACAACUGGCAACAUAACAAAGCCAAUGAGAUUAUUGGAUGAUAAGAAACUGUAAUUGACCUGUCACGCGUUGAUGCACCAGCCAAAUGUAUGCACAGCUGUGAUGAAAUUUAGACUAGGAAAUGGCUUAGCAAAGCAAUUAGCAAUUUGUAACUGUCCUAUAAAUUCCACAAUUCACUUUCCAGGCUAAUUGAAAUAUAAUGUAUGAGACUAUGGCCGAACAUAUGACUGUACAGUAGUUUUAGACACAAGCGGUAUUUGGAAACAGGGUUGUUAUUUGUGCAUGUACACUGUAGAGCAGGAAAAACAAUCUGUAAUUAACUGCUUCAUUCAUUUUCACUAGGAAGAAUAUGUAGUAUUAUAGAAACAGCCUUCCUUAUUGUUUCCACUGUUAGCAAAGUGCACAGUUGUAACUUACCUUUGUCAGAAAGAUAGUAGUAUUGUCAUUUUAUGUAGGUUUAUAUGCAUCAGAUCUUCUUACUGUUACUUGUCAUUAUCUACUGCUUUAAUCAUGAGGGACCUUUGAAUGAGAACCAAAAGAAAAAACAAUCUUGUCUUAUAUGUUUAAGUGCAGUCUGGGAGCCUAUAAUGGCAUUUACUUUAUACAUAAGACUCCCAGGCUGCUGCUGCGUUAAGUAUAUUAUUACAACUGACACGUUUCACUGCCUUGCAGGCUCAUGGACAUUUUGGUCGCGUUUCUGGGAAGUCCGGGAGUGUUGUCCAAACCCAUGAUAUAACCAGCCCACAAGGGGCCUCAAGCGAACUUUCUGCAGACUUUCAGAGCGUCCACUUGUAGUGCAGAUUUCAGCAGACUUCAUUGAUUUAAUCGCCCACAAUUCAUUGCCAUAUGGACGUGACAUUGUGGCCUUUUCAAUUGCUGAACAGUCACCUGUGAAUGUGUAGAAUACUUAUUGAUAGUUAGGCCUAUUAAAUGCUACUUAAAUCGCGUAGGCCAGAAUUAAUAUUCAACCACAUCAUGAUACAGAAAUACGUGUAAGUAUAGGCUGUAAAGGGAAUGAAAAUGCAUUUUAUCCAGCUGCGUAGUGAAAUAGGCUAAAAAAAUUGGUCGAAAAACAGCAAAAGGUCUUCUACUGUAAAUAAAUAAUACCCAAUUUAUUGAGUUAUAAUCCUGUCCUUAUUUACAAACAUUUUUGUUUUUCAACACCUGUAGCUUAUUAUGUAGAGAUGUAUUAAUAUGAGUUUAACAGUCUCAGGGGCUGUCUAUCAGCUCCUUUCAGUCACUGCCCUUGCAGACUUUUCCUGAUGACAGUGAACACGUCACACAACGUACUACUGAAGUCUGCGAAGGCUCAGUCCAUAAGUCCAGAGGGUGGACAUUUCGGUUCAGCCUGACUCAUUGGAUGUAGACUUUAGGUAUGCACCUGCUAUUGGUUGGCUAUUGCUAUUGUUAUUCCUCCACCCCAGCUCCUCCUUUUCAUGCUGUGUCUGACUUAUCAAUGUCAUUUCUGUUUGUCAUUGAUGCUGCUCUGCUCUGUUCCCUGGGGGGUCUUUGCUGCUGCUCUUCCUGCCUUGGGCCUUCCAUGUAGGCACAUGGAAGGGCAGGGAGGUUUGCUCUCUCUGCCUCAGGCUUUCCUCGUUUGCACAUGGAAGAGCAGAGAGCAUACCUCUCUGCCCUUAUACGUGGAAGAGGCUUUCUGCGUAGGCCCGAGGAAAGGCAGAGAGGCCCCUGAACAGAGCCAUACCGCCAAAUAUAAUACUGCAAAUGGAAAUAAAGUGUUCCUGACUGAAUAAGCGAUGAAUUCACUGUACAGACAUCAAAGUCUUCUCAUCUGACUUUCAGCAAAAAAAACCCCAGUCUUUUCCUUUCAGUGAGAAUCAAUCUACUGCCUCAAAUAAAAGGGACCCAAAAUAAUUACACUCACAAAUCAUGUAGUGUGUUAUUCUUGUAAUAAACACCAGCAUCUUGUAAAAUAUUCCAAAUUAAACCUACUUUCAAUGCCCAUUAAAAAGCCCUCACUUUGUGUUUCCUCUUGA